CUGGCUCAGUGUAACGUUGUAGACGUGAACAGGCAAUGAAGCUUUUAUUUUAGAGGUCUCUAAAAGGAAGCAGUUGUGUUCAUCUUAGUUGAGCUCAUAGUUAUUUGUUUAAUGAAGCUCUUCGCAGCACGGAUCCAGAAACUUCACGAAUAAACAGAUGGAUGAGAAGAAUGAACAGACGUCACCAGUACACAAGCUGGAGGGCGAGGAGAUGGAGGUUACGAUGACGACGCAGCUGGAAAAUCUCAUUGUAUCCCCCGACAGUGCGGACAUGUCAUCAGAUACACAAACACACACAGAGGACAAAGAGGAUGUGCUUAGAGCCUCAGCAGCAGCAUCACUUCCUGUGGACAGCGUGUGUAAGACAGAGGACAGUGAUGGCGAUGAUUCAGAGGAUUCAGACAGUGACAGCUCUUCGUCCUCCUCUUCCUCCUCCUCCUCUUCCUCUUCCCCCUCUGCUCCCGCCUUUGGGGAUGAUGACGAUGACGAGGGUUUCAGCCAGCCGGCCCCGGUCAAAACCAGAGACGAAGUCCUGCUCGAGGAGCUGCCAGCAGUGGAGGAGGUGUCCGUGUCACUACCAGCAGAUGCAGAACUGCAGCCUGUAGGAACGGUCUCCAGCAUUAUACAGCAACUUGUUAUCGUUCAGUCUCUGAAAGACACGCCUCCUCUAACUGAGGACAGCAUCAUCUUUAGAUCUGAUGGCCUGGCUUUGGCCAAGGUGUUUGAGGUGUUUGGUCCAGUGUCCAGCCCGCUGUAUAUUUUGCGUUUUAACUCUGCAGACCAGAUAAGAAACAAAGAGCUGGCAGAGGGACUGACCGUUUACUACGCGCCGGCCAUCAAGGAGUACACAAGAUACAUCUUUGUACAACAGCUCAGACUCUUAAAGGGAUCUGAUGCAUCCUGGAAAAACGACCAGGAGCCACCAGAGGAGGCUUUAGAUUAUAGUGAUGAUGAGAAAGAGCAGGAAGCCAAAAGGAAAUUAAAAAGCUCCAAAAAGAAGCGGGACAAUAACAAUCCAGAUAAUCCUGCCCACAUUACCCAGAAUACCUCACUGCAGCAGGAGCGUGAUGUCAGGCAUGCAGGGCCUCCAUUCAGGCACCAGAACCCGAGGAACAAACAUCUCUCUCAUGGACCUGUCUCAUCUCUGCACUCUCUUGCCUUCACACAGUCGCACAGCCAUGUCUGCAAAAAAAUCAAAAAGAAAUGUGAUUGUUUUCCGGUUUGUAAGAUAUGCACUGUGGAAAACAAGUGUACAGCGUGGAUGUAACUACAGCUUCAUGUGCUGUGGUGCCGGUUGAAAACGGUGAACUGAUGUAAAAGUAAUGGGACGAAUGAACUGAAGUUUGCCUCCCAGAUAUUAAGUCCUAAUCUUUUUUUCCACUGGCUGGAAAUGAGCCCUUCAACUAGGACAAGUCAUUGUCACUCAUGUGAUAUUGUGUUUAUUUGUAUCAGAAUCCUUUGUACUUGUCAACAUUUUCUCCAUGCAGUGACCUUCAUCAGUCAGAACUGAUAGUGAUGAAUGAUAAUGACCACAGCUAGUGUUUUGAGCCACAUGUGCUGUAUCUUGGGCAACAUGUUUCUGUCAUAUUGUUGUGUAAAGCUGUUGCUGUGUUCACACUCUUCCACAGCCUUUCUCAACAGCACCUGCUGAAUGAAACUGAAUCUGAUACAAAA